AUGAAAGGUAAAGAAAAUUUUGCAGGUACUAGAGUUCCACCUGCGCUCAUCGACUCAGGAGAGUCACUGGAGCUGCCCGGCUCCCCCAUUACACCAGUAGGAAACCUGGCUGGUGGAUGGAUAAUUGCGACAGGAGAAAGGACAGGGAAGAAAGGAAAGGACGUCGCCAGAAUCCUGGGAAGCUGUGGAGAGAACAGAGCUGAGCCAUCGUGGUUCGCUAGCAAAUCGAACACGACGGCGGUGUGGGUACGCGGAAACGAAGCGAUGCGAGUCUCGGGAAGCGGGUCCGGAGCGGACUAUGUUUGGGUGAAGGUGGGAACUGUCAUUAUCGUCAGUGUAUACCUGUCACGGAACUAUUCCACGUUGGAGUAUGCCAACAGACUCGCAGAUAUCGAAGACACCAUAAGGGAUAUACCCGGAAAUACGAUCGUGGCAGGCGAUUUUAACGCGCGGGCGAUUGAGUGGGGUAUGUCCAUGACAAACAGACACGGACGACUGCUACUAGAGAUGGCCGCGAGGCUGAAACUUGUAGUGGUGAACGAGGCGACAUUUAGACGAUCGGGAUGGGGUCAAUCUAUACCAGACAUGACCUUGGCCACAGACAGACUACUGACGCGAAUAAGAGGAUGGAAAGUGAUCAAGGAAUAUACAGUCAGUGAUCACGAAUACAUCGUCUUUAAAGUGACAGACGAAAAUACGACUAGACGAAGAGAAAAGAACUCGACAGACUACUGCAAAACGCCUUUUACGGAAACCACUCGAAGUGGUAUGGACCAUGACUCGGCGGAGAAGUUAGCUGAGGAGGCAGAAAAAUACCUCCAUCACUUAUUUGAAGCUACGAUGCCAAAAAAACGAUACGGACGCGACCGGCGACAGAUGUAUUGGUGGACGCAAAAAAUUGCAGACAUCAGACGCGAAUGUCACCGGCGACGUAGACAGGCACAAAGACAAAGAAACAGACAUGACGAAGAAGCCUCAGAGGCAUACAAACUUGCCAGAAAAAGGCUGAGAGCUAUAACGGACAGCAAACGACAAUGCUGGACAUGA